AUGGUCUUGAGAAUACAUAAUAUAAAGGCUGAUACAAUCGUCUUAUAACCAAUUGUUAAGUUUGAACCAAGACAAGUGAUACAGUGAGAUGAAUUUGAGCAUAUUAUUAAUCGCGUGCGCUGUGGCCGUGUGCUCCACGCAUGCGCAGCGUCUAUCCGAAACAAACACAGAUAUCAAUGACGCCCAGAGACGUAGCGGGGGAGGAUACGGUUUACUAAGACCUGGUGCUGGUAACGGAUACCAGGGUUACAACCCUGGAUAUAAUAACCCCGGAUAUGGCGGAUACGGAAAUUAUAACCCGGGGUACGGAGGUUAUAAUCCAGGAUAUGGAGGCAAUUAUCCGGGAUACGGCCAAGGUUCUUAUGGGGGAUAUCCCGGUCAGAGUGGUUAUCCUGGUGGUUAUCCUGGUAGCUAUCCUGGAGGCGCAUACGGUGGAUACCCGGGUGGAUACGGGGGUUAUCCAGGAGGAUACGGGGGUUAUUCCGGCGGAUACGGGGGAUAUCCGGGCGGAUACGGAGGCGGAGGAUAUUCUGGCUUCCGUCCAGGAUAUACAGGUUUCAGGCCUGGUUUCAACAACCCGGGCUACAAUUAUCCUGGUAGCACCUUCGGUUAUCAAGGUUACAGACCCGGUUUCAACCAGUAUCGGCCGAGUGUCAACGGACCUUUACCCGGUAAUUACUUUGGUGGACAUGGAGAUGGAUACAACGACAACUUCAGGCUGUUAGGAAGAAAAGUAUCAGAUGAAUCAAAGAGCAAUGACAGCAGCAAUAAUAAUGAAGCUUAAUAAUUCCAAAAAGUGUUCAAAUUUAUUUAAAAUAACAUUAUCACUGCGAAGUUUGACAAGUUAUUUUUUAACCCUGAAAUGUUGACGAUACUUUUAACAUCAAUGUUUAUAUUGUCGAUAUGAAAGUACAGUUCUUUAUAACAUGGUUCAAACAUAACUGGCCAGUCUUUACCACCUGUUAUAUUUACUAAUAGUUUAAGGAUGAUCUAAUAUGUUGCACUGAUAUUUUUGUUACCGAACAAUAAAAAAAUAAUUUAUGUA